AUGGAUUUUGUUAUUCACCACCUGACUCUAGUGGACUCCUUCAUCGGUUUUCCUUCUCAGAUAGGAAAACAACUCUUUGACUUGGCAGAGUUGCAUGACAAGUUCAAGGACACACACCUGCAGUGUAGAGCAAUGAAGUUGUUCUGUGAUGCAUACGAACAAGAGGUUUUGGAAAGUUUAAAUUUAAACAAUCAGUAUUUUGCUUUGAAUCAAUGCGUAGAUCAAUUGCUUCUGUUUAUUCAUGUAGCUAAACUGGAUUUAAGCAAUUGUGAGCUUGGAAGCGAUCAUGAUAUGGUGAUGAAUAUAUCAAACAUGCUCAUGUUUGAGGUGUCUGAACUUGAGCCAGAAUUGUUUGACAAAUUCUGGCAUUCAGAGGCUGACCACAAGACCACGCAUGUUUCACACCGGCCCUGUAAACUUGCGAUACCUAAGCCUGUCUGGCAAUCCUCAACUGUCUGAUCACGUUGUAGGAUUUUUAUUAGUAUUUAAGAAGCUGGAAUUCCUUGAUAUAUCUGGAACAAGAAUUAGUGUUGAUGUUGGAAUUGCAAAUCUAGAACGAGAAACUGAUCUGAGAUAUUUAAGAUGUGAUCAGGCAGUUGAAAUUGAAGAGAUGAAGACACUGACUUGUGGGUGGGCAGCAUCUGUUGUGAGUGACUGGAUCCAGUGUUCUUUGAACAAACAGCGGAAACCACAGACAGCUGGCAAUGCUUUUGCCAAAUAUAAAAGAUCAAAGAUAUCUGACGAAUUAAAGAAAUUUAUGCCACAAAGACAAACAACAGUGAUAAAGACAACAAUGCAACUUGCUUCUCGUGACUUACAAGAAAAGCUAGGAAUUUAUUCCGCAGAAGAUGACAUUGUCAUUCGAACAGUAGGCCAAGAAAGGCAUUGCAAAAAAACAAAAUGUAACUCAUCCCUUCGCGGAACUUCGUGCACGAAUGGAACUUCCAGUUCACAUGAAAAAACCAAUAAAGGUGAAAAGAGCUGUCCUAUAAAUACAUUUCAAAGUUUUAACGAUGAGGAGAUGAAAUUAUUGCAGAGUUAUACCUAGGAAAUAUAUGUACAAAUGUGGUGCAUGCAGUCAGUGUAUAUAUCCAUUCAUUGGUAUUUUAAUUCAUAGCUGUUUUAAAUUAAGUAAUAAAUGUAGUACUGUUACUGUA